UUUUAUAUCAAUAAAAACUGCAGUUGAGGAAUUUGUAUUAUAGUUAUUGAAGCUAUUCAUAUUAUCUGAUCUCUUGUAAAUGUCUACAACUGAAUCUUCAAAAUUGUUAUUGAACUUAUCUCAUUAUUCUUUCACAAUUGUGUCAUUCAUCUUGAAAGCUCCUGGGGCAAUUGAUUUGUUGCAGGUGUUGGCACGCCUGCUGUUGUUUCUUGUUGUGCUUCUGGUGUUUCUGGAUUUCUUCUUCUACACAUUAUUGGCACAUAUUCCUUUGUCAGAUCCGGCGUUCCACCCGAUCUCAAGUUAACCAUGGGGUGGAGACGUGGUUGGCACGUUAUUUGCGGUUGUUCGUAGCUUAUUGAGGGCUUCAUAACCUCUUGGAGAACAACGUUAUCCCCCAACCUAUCUAGUGUACCUCGCGUAGCUAGAUUACACACAACAACGUUAUCCUCCAAGACAUAUUGUUGGGGGUGGGUCCCGCGGUUGAUCGGCCCUUCUACCAGCAGUGCGCUGGUGGUGAUUGAGCUCUUUUGCCCCAGUAGCCUACACAUAUGCACCGUAUGUAAUAUAACGUAGCUAGCUCCUCCGAUAAUGAUAGAAGAUUAACCAUCCUACAGUUUGCAGCAUCUCUAAACUAGGGGUGAUGCACGUGACGGGCUGACCAAUCGCCGCCUUGCCUAGCCCGGGCCUUGCUUCGCUGUGUUGAUGUUGUUCCACCCCGAGCUGUCUUGUGUGCUGGCUGCUCGCGAUAUCAUCAUAAUCAACGCCCUUCUCACGCCUGCCCCCCGUCCCCCAGCCUGAACAUCCUUAGUGUUAGCUCUCAUACCUGGACUUUUCCGCCUGACACAAUGUCAGUGAACCUGAUCACCGAAGACGACCGCACGAAGGAUCCCAGCGCCGUCCAGGAUCCCACAGCGAAGCCACCUCAGAAAUUCCUCCGCUUUCAACGGCCGUUUACUCGGGAAGUCAGCCAAACCCUCACUAUAGAAAACAACAACGAUGAGCCGGUUGCAUUCAAGGUCAAGACAACAGCUCCCAAAAGCUAUUGCGUGCGCCCGAACUCUGGCCGCAUUGGAGCAGGCGAGAGCAUAGAUGUUCAAGUUCUUCUUCAGGCGAUGAAGGAUGACAGGUCAGUGGGCACGUCUAAAGACAAGUUUUUGGUCCAGUCUGUCGCAGUGUCCACGGACAAGGAUUUCUCCAAUGUCAGCUCGAUCUGGCAGCACGUUGAGCAGACAUCAAAAAGCUCUAUUCAGGAACAGAAAAUAAAAGUCGAAUUUUUGCCUCCCCAGGACUCUGCGGAAACCGCAACCGCGGAAAUUAAUGGAAUUGCUUCUCCUGAGGAAGAACCCCCGGCGUACACCUCCCCCAAUGCCUCUAAAUUUGAUACACCAACAGCAGUCCGAGCUGCUCUACCAGAUGCGACGUCAUCGGAUGCCCCAAAAGCCGAAUCGAGGCAUUCCCCUCUCGCCGCCGUACCACCAAAAGAAGAUACCGCAAGUGAAGAGCUGAAGUCCAAACUUGCGGAAGCCAGAGCACAAAUCGAAAAAUUGAGAGAUCAGCUUGCAGAUCAGGGUCUAGGACAACGAAAAAUCAGCAGCACCGCACCAGGAUCGACAUCUUCUGGGCUACAGCAGCACCCCCCUCAGCCGGCGGAAAUUGGCGUCCCAUUGCGAGUUGUUGCUGGUCUUUGUUUCCUCAGUUUCCUCUUGGCAUACCUCUUCUUCUAGACCACUCACUGCAAUCAGCAUCCAUAUUCCCGACAUCUCCUGCCUCUCGCCUUCUCCCUUGAUACAAUUUCCACCGUCUGUUGUGGCUUUACUGUGGACCAUUGUUAAUACAUAUGUCCAGUCCUGUCAUUUGAAUGUUCUACGAGCUCCCUUUUAUUCGUUUUGUUACAAUUCCCUUUGUCUCCUUUUUGCACCUUUGCAAUAUCUUGUUACGUUGCUGUUCUAUUUUACAUUUCUUUCCUCUUUCCUUUUCUUUCUGUGUCCGUUAUACUUUAAUUGCGUCUAUGAUGUAUUCCCUCUCCUGUAAUGUGUACAGCCACACCCACUUUCCUAUGAAAUUUUUUCGAUCCUCGUUGCCUCUUUUUUUUUCCUGUUUUUUUUCAUUUUUCAUUUCUCUUGUUACUUUAUAUGUUUUUUUAUUCCUUUUUAUUACUCCGACCAAUGUGAUAUGACAUGGAUUCUUCUUUUCCCUUUCGUUUUCCAUUUGAUCUGUUAGAGCUCUAUUUCUCGGAAAUUUCGAUAAGGGCGAUCCUGGGUUGGAAAACUGGGGUGCAAUGGAUUCGUCGGAAGAAACGGUGGAAACCAAGAGUAUUAAAAAAUGAAGUAACCCACAGAACAUGAUGGUUUUAUUAUAUGCAGAAUGAUUAAAGAAAGCCGAAUCUUAAAUGUAUUUCAACUAUGAACUUGAAGUGGCUCUCAUCGCACUCCAUACCGUAUCAUGCUCGUUCCCGGUGGAAUGAAUCGGUUGCAUGCUAUAAUAGGCAUACGACUCUCGUAGAGCUACUGGGUGCAAUGGUAGAUAGUUAUAUCUGGGGCUGGCGCGAUCAAGCGAUACUCGUUUAGGUAGGAGGUUCUCUACAUGUCAAUGCAGUGUCUUCUUCAAUUAAUAGUGAAAAAAGGGCGUUGUAUACAGUAUCCUCUUAAAAAGAAACUCUUCCUGG